UCUCAGCCAGACGGAAGUUGACCGCAGCCCGAAGAUUGUUGACCUAUGAAGGAGGAGCCGCCUACUGCCUGUCCGCCCGACAUACAGGGUUAGGGUGGCAGACUAGGAGGUGGCACACAACGAAGCGGAGAUGCUGGCAAAUCGAAACCAGCCCAAGUACAGAACCCUCAAGGUGGAAGGCCCUCCUCGAGCCGAGUUUUCAAAAGCUGCACCAGUGUGGAGGGGAGGUGUAAAACUCAACAGGCUUGGCUGGAUCAAGGACUUGAUACAAUUCUCAGAAACAAAUCCAAUAUUUGUGGCAGACCGGCGAUUCAGCGAAUUCUUUCAUACUCCUGAUGGUCUCUGGCACCAUACUGUGUUUCCAUCUGUUCAGCCGAGGCGAAGAGAAGAUGUUCUUAUGCUGGAAAAGUCGCUUGCAGCCAUCAUUCGGCACAUUGUAGAUGCAAGAUUUCCAGUCGACUUGUCAUGGCUCAGGAAAAUGGAUGCAAUGCCAAACGCUGUGGCUGCCAAAGGCCACCUCGGAAAAGGGGGAUCGGGUGAAAAAGUUGCUGCUGGGGUACAUGAAUUGGAGUUACCAACUGAAAACAUUGGGAGUGAGGAAGUUGAGAGGAUGAGCAAAGGGAGGCCUCUUGGUGACAAAGGAAGGAACCAAGCUGUGGAGGAUUGUCAAGGCAAUGAUGCAGCAGGGGAGAAUGCAUGUGGAGCUCAGAAAGGAGGAGGAAUGCAAAUCAUCCAUGAGGAAGUAGCUGGCCAAGACAUUUUGCGAAAGUCAUCAGACUCUCACCUUGAACAAAUAGAAACCGCAUGGAAGUCAACUGCUCAUGCAUUGGCUGCUAUAAUUGCUUAUCAGGCAGCGUUUUUUGAGAUUCUGAGGCAGGUGGAGUUUGCCUGCAAGGAGAGGGCGCACUUGCUGGGAGCAGUGUGGGAACACCAUUUUCUAUUGCUGGAAUUACUCUACCAAAUACAAAACCAAGAGGAUGUUCAGCGAGUAGAGCGGGACAUGGAGAAGCAGAAGAAAAUCAUGGAGGAGGAGAAAAGAGUGUUGGAACGUGACUUGCUGGAGCUGAAAGACAUGCAGCUGAGUCUUCAGGCAGACCUUGCCAGUGAAUGUCUGAAGAGUGAUUACGAGAGAAAAAGUCUUGCCUUGAAAUUUGUACGAGAGGAGAAAAAAGUUGAAAAGGAAAAGGCUUGCAACAAAAAGAUGCAGUUUGAGGUCGAAGCUGCAAUGCACAAAAGAAGGCUCGAUUAAUUGCUGAAGAUGAGGUCGUGCAACAGAAGGAGGCAUAUAAAAGGCUAACCCUUGAUCUGACACAAGUCAAGAAGAACCUACAUGACAUGUCACAAUUGCUGCUAGCUGCAAAUAUGGCCACAGAGAAUGCAGAACGCAGGGUACAGGAAGAAUCUCUCGCAAAAGAGGAGAUGCAGGUAGGCCAUUCUAUUGGGCUAAAUCACUGGGAAUGCAGAUCUGUGUUCAACAAAGCUCAGGGGAGUGAAUUUACUAAUUUAGUUAUUUUUCCCCCCAUCUGGUAUCGGAAUCAAGAACAUGACUAUCGAUCAAUUCUUCUUUAUUGUUAAUAAGGUUUGCUAGUUGUUUCCCAAGUGCAAAACAAAUCCAUACACCGAGU